AUGACAUUACAAGCACAAGAUAUUAAUAAUUUAAUUAAUACUAUUCAAGCACUAAAUAACUGGAUUCAAAAUCAAACAAAUGCUGUUGCUAAUAAUACUAAUCAUCUUGGACAAAGAGAAACUAAACUUAUCAAAAUUAUACUUUUUGCUGGUGGUAACCAAGAUCCAGUUACUUGGAUUAAGGAAUUUGAAUGUAUGGCUGUAGCCAACAACUUUACUAAUACAAGAAGACUACAAAUUAUUUCUGCCUAUCUUAAAAAUAAAGCAGCAAUUUAUUUAAGAACAGAAUUACAAAUGGGAGUAUAUCUAUUUGGUGAAAAUACUUGGGAUGAAGUAGUUAACAGAGCAAAAACCUGUGAACUUACUCAUUAUAGUGCUGCAAUAUAUAUUACUUCUAAUCUUAAUAACAAUAUUGUUACUCCAACUCCUACAUCUUCUAAUUCUGUUAAAAUUAUAAUGGAAGCUCUUACUAAAU